AUGGAGUUUACAAAUCUGAAGAAGCAAAAAGUAACAGAGGAAGAAUCCCUAAACGACAGAAUCAGUAAGUUUCCGGAUUCACUCGUCCUUGAAAUUCUCUCACUUCUCCCAACAAAGGAUGCAUUCAGAACUUGUCUUAUCUCUAAAAGGUGGCAGACUCUCCCCACUUUAAUUGAUAGCUUCAAUUUCACUUGUUUAAAUUCCCGGGCAAGAGAAGAUUUCUCCUUUCUUCAAAAUGCAUUAGCACAUUCCCUCUCUUCCAAAAUCAAAAAGUUGCAACUCGAUUUCACUGGCUUGUGGCUAUUAGACUGCAGUUUCAGGCCUGAAUACGAAUCCCUAGUCAGUCGUUGUUUUAGUUUUGCUGUUGAGAGAAAUGUGGAAAAUGUUGUAUUGUGGUUCUAUAAUGGAGACCAGUGCACAUUCCCUGAAUCUCUCUACACAUGUUCGUCUCUGAUAACUUUAGAUGUUCGAAGUUGUGGCUUUAAUAAUCACGCGGUCAUAUCUUGGAACUCUCUAAAGAGUAUAAAGUUGGGGUAUUUGGUGUUAACCGAUGAUGACAUUGUGAAAUUACUGUCAGGCUGUCCUGCAUUGGAAACAAUGGAAUUAUAUAGGUAUAUGGGUUUCAGUCGCCUGGAAAUUAAUUCUCCAAAAUUAAAGAUACUAAAACUGAAAGAUUAUCGUCGGUUUUCUGAAAAUGGUGAUAACUUAGAAAUUCUUGCCCCGUAUCUCCAGCAUUUGGAAAUAUCAGGAGAGCUUGAUGAUCUCAAAUGUAGACUUAUAGAUGUGUCUUCUGUAGUUAAUGCUAAGCUUAUUUUCAACAUGAGGUGUAUCAAAGACCUCCCAAGUUUUAAUGAAGAAGACAACUGCCGUAACUAUCAUCAAGUAUUAUAUUCCGUCAUCCAAGAUAAUCUUCAAAAGUUAUGUCAUGCAACAGAGCUAACAAUGGGAACUUGGUUCACAGAGACAGUUGUAGAAUGUAAACAGUAUAGAAUUAAGAACCUUUACACAAAAACCACUGAAUUAAUUACAGAAACUUGUGGCCUAUUCUGUGCCUUUUUGCAAUCCUCCAUUCAAGUUUUCAAAAGUAAGUUCAAACAGGUGCCUGUUUCAGAAUUUAAUUGCAGAUAUCUAAAGCUGGUGUUGCAUAUGAAAAAGUUUAAUUUGUACGGAGUAUCUGGUUUGUUGAGAGCCAUGCCUCAUAUGGAAACACUCAACAUAGACGUGGAAACUACGCUGUUAGAUGAUUUCCCUUUCCACUUUCUUGACAAUUCCCGCUGCAACUUUGAGUUAGUUGAUUUGGCCAAAGGAGAUAAUGUGGACUUGCAGAGUGGGGUUUCAAGCGUUGAGUUUCACAACCUCAAGAAAGUUAAGAUUGUCAUCUCCUCGGAGCGGUGCUUGAAGGAUCAUGUCAAAUGGGGCUUUAACAAGAUUUACAAUCUUUCAGAAUUUCUGUUAAUGAAUGCAUCGGUUUUGGAGAAGUUCAUUAUCAUAUCAAAGAGAAGAAGGUGCCAGACAUGUUCAAUGAACUGUCUAUCCCAAUAUUUAUCUCGUUUGGCUGACAAAUUGUUAGGUUGUCCAAGAUCGUCAGCCAAUUCUGUAAUUAUCUUCCGGGAGUGA